UCGGAGACAACAACAAUUUUUGUACCUGUACCGGAGGAACACAUGGGUCGAAUAAUAGGAUUUGGAGGAGAAAAUAUUAAAAACAUUAAACACGAUACGCAAACAGACAUUAAGAAAUCCACGGCGUAUGAAAGUGGCUUUCAUGUGACUGGCAAGCUAUCUGAUUGUGAAAAAGCAAGGCAGGCCAUAACAGAUUGUUUAGAAAAUAAAGAAGAGAGGAAUUAUCAAAAAAUAGUCGAGGUACAGAAGAAAUAUAUAACUAUUGUUGUGGGCAAAGAUCAUAAGAACAUAGAUGAUAUUGCAACAAAAUCCGAAACAAAAAUCAUAGUGCCCUCUCGUCGAACUUCAGAAGACGCUGGAGGAGACACAAUUCCAAUUAAGAUUAUUGGACCUCAAGCAAAUUGUGAUAGAGCAGAAACGCUUAUUCAACAAUGCGUGGUCAUCAUUAAGGACAGGCAGAAGAGAAAUGAAUAUGGUGGCGAUACUAAAUUUGUUUGCUUCGACUUCAAAGAAAAAACAGAAGAAUUUCGGUUAAUAUCAGAUGUUAGUCCUCCUAAAUUGGAUGGUUUCAUUAAAGGAAUGAGAUAUAGGAUCAAAACUAACGAUGAGAAUGAUUUUAACCAUGACCGAACAGUAUUAGAAAUAAGGGAACGUUUAUUGACACCAUUGCAAAAUAUAAGGCAAUGUAAAGAUGAAAAGGGCUUGUUGAUUGACCUUUGGUGCCAUUUUGGAAAAGUAUUUGUUUCUAAUGUUGAUGAAGAGGAAACUAUGGAAACCUUGACAGCAGAGGCUAUCAAUGGACGUCUCCUGAAGAUAAUGACUGACAAAGAUGAGUUAAAGGGUAAGAACAGGGACGCCUUUUGGAGAGUUUCUUUUGAAGAGGGUGUUGAUCCAUCACGCAUAAACGAGGAUGCGUUCGAAGAGGAUGAAUAUCUAGAUUUCAAACUGGAUCACACACAGUGGCGUUAUGAUUUUGGCUUCACCACUCCAACAGGAAGGAACGUGCGAUUCAAAGUAUGGGAAGGCUUACCGUCUGAUACAGAAGACGAGCCACCAAUGGAAGUAAAGAAUAUUCUAACACAAGUUGUCCUCAGAGGAAAUGAAAGCAUCAAAGCUUGGUUAUGUUAUCCUUCUACAUCAGUUCUCCGAGGGGAAAUAAUGAUACCUGCUUCUCCGUAUGACUGCAGAAUAAAGUUAAGAGGAGGCCCCCGUUAUGUGACCGACAAAGAUGAGGUGUGUCUAGAAGAAGAUGCAAUCCUAUCGGAUUAUCUUUCUCAUUGCACAAUCGAUACAGCGGAGCAUAAAAUGUCGAUUCCUGACGAUAAAGACCAUGAAAUGCCAGAAGGUUUUGCAUGGACGUUUUACCGUCGGGCGGAGGAAAAAAUGUAUCGUACUUCCCUCGAUGAUGAGGGGUUUCUUGUUAUUGUUUUGGACGAAAGCGGUGGGGAUUCGGACGCAUCGAGUUGGAGGGAAAAAAAGCAGUUGGGUUUUAGGGUCGUAAUGGACGCCUGGACUGAUGCACUUCUAUCAACCGAACGAAACUGGAAACCAGAGGAAAUAGUGGACAAGCUUGGAAUAUAUAUGAGGUUUUUAGGUUUGCUUCAAAGUGUCUUGUUUCUUGAUGCCAUUGUAGAUCCGUCGUAGAGGUCCAUUUUAUUAAAUCGUUCAAAGUAAUUUACACAGGGGAAAAAAUUCUUCAUAACAAACUAUACUGCAUGGCUAUGGAUUUUCAAACAAUAUUUUAUAUCAAAAUCUGCCAAUGCGAUUGCAGAAUGAGAUUAAGCUUCAGUAGUUUAUUCUGCCUUACCUUGGUUUGGAUGCGCCAUGCACUGCACAUAUUACCGCCAAUUUGCAGUUGAGCUUGCGGCUUGCAUUUCAAACCCGUUGUUCCAUUGUUUGAAACGCCUUGUUGCUGAGGGCUAAAAUUAAAUGAUAAUAUACAUUUCCUAUAAAUAGAAAUGUCAUACCUAGGAAAUGUAUUACUGAAUUUAUAGACUGCAUGUCUCACACAUGUCGAAUUGUCUGAUUUACCUGACAAUACACAUUGCAAUAUGAUCAAGUACAGGAAAGCGGAUAGG